AUGUUUUUGGGGAACCCUAACAGCCAUUUUCCGUCCUCUCCCCGCAGACAGCUGUGUAAGGAGUUCACAGACCUGCUGGCCCAGGACAGGACUCCCCUGGGAAACUCGAGGCCAGCUCCCAUCCUGGAGCCCGGCAUCCAGAGCUGCCUCUCCCACUUCUCCUUCAUCACGCACGGCUUCGGCUCUCCGGCUAUCUGCGCCGCGCUCACCGCCCUGCAGAACUACCUCACCGAGGCUCUCAAAGGACUCGACAAGAUGUUUCUCAACAACCCUCCCAACACCCGGCACAGUGACGCCGCCAACAAGGCGGUUGACAAAGAUGACAAGCAGCGGAAAUGA